AUGCCUGUUUUAGUCGUAAACCAAGUGCUUCUUCUGGUUGGUGAUUCUUUUUCCUUUGGAAAAGUUUCUGGGUUUUCAUGGGUAGCUCCAAUUCGUAGCAGUUUGACCUUUUUUGGUCGUUUUAGUAAUGAAAGUGGACCUCUCACUCUAGCCAGACUUGGAACUAAAGGAACCAUUGCAAAGCUGAAUAGACAUGACCUUGUUUCUGAUGUAGAAAUACAUGGAGAAAUGCCUCCAUCCACUUGGAUGGAGGCAAACCAUGCCUCCAUUACAUUUCUCCAUCCAAGUGGAUGGAGGCAAACCAUGCCUUCAUUACUUGAGAUGCUUCCGUCCAAGUGUAUGGAGGCAUGGUGCCUCCGUCCACGCAUGGAGAAAUGCCUCCAUCCACUUGGAUGGGGGCAAACCAUGCCUCCAUUACAUUUCUCCAUCCAAGUGGAUGGAGGCAAACCAUGCCUUCAUUACUUGAGAUNUUUUCCUUUUAUCUCCUGA